UAUAUAAUCUCCUUCUCUACGUGGAAAUACCAAAAUUUGCGGCAUUUUUUUUUUAAGGAAAAAUUUGCGGGAACAAUAAAUGUGAAAGAUCCUGUUAUAACGUUUGUUUUUACAAUCACACGCAAUCAGUGCAACCCAAACCCAUAUGUAAAUAUAGUAUCUCUCACUCAAACACGCUCAAAACCCCUUAUUUCUCUCAGUUAGAAUUGUACGUUUCCCAAAUCAUAGUUCCUUUACUUCUUGAUUGUUGCGACCUAGCCCUUACGUGAGAUUCUUCUUCAACCUCAACAGCGCGCAGUUCUCAUCAUUCUUCCACCAUGGAUGAGAAAAUGUUAGAGAGUCUUCCUGCAAUUGUUGCUAUGGUCUGGUCGGAUGAUAACAGCAAACAACUAGAAGGAGCUACUAAAUUUAGGAAGCUUCUUUUGACACACAACCCUCCCAUCGAGAAAAUCAUUCAAUCCUUUGUUGUAACUCGAUUUCUCGAAUUUAUACCGAGGGAUGAUUUUCCUAAACUUCGGUUUGAAGCUGCUUGGGUAGUUACGAACAUAUCAUCCGGAACUUCAGAGAAUAUUAAGGUGCUAGUAGAUCAUGGGGCAGUACCAAUACUUGUCGAGCUACUUAGUUCACCUAGUUAUGAUCUUCGGUACCAGGCUGUGUGGGCAUUGGGAAACAUUGCCGGUGAUUCCCCUAGGUGCCGUGAUCUUGUUUUCAGUCAUGGUGCGCUGAUCCCGCUGUUAACCCAGUUGAAUGAGCAAGCAAAGCUUUCUAUGCUGAGAGUUGCCACGUGGACCCUGUCAAGCUUUUGCAAAGGCAAGCCACCACCCCCAAUUGAGCAGGUGAGGCCAGCGCUGCCCUCUCUUGAGCGUUUGAUUUUGUCCAAUGACGAUGAAGAAGUCCUGAGUGAUGCAUGUUGGGCAUUCUCAUAUCUUUCUGAUGGAACAAAUGACAAAAUCCAAGCUGUGAUCGAGGCAGGUGUAUGUGGCAGACUGGUGGAGCUUCUUCAGUACCCAUCUCCUUCAGUGUUGACUCCUGUACUUCACACGCUGGGAAAUAUUGUUGCUGGGGACAAUAUGCAGACUCAGGCUAUUAUCAAUCAUGGUUCACUCCCAUGCCUUUUGAGUCUGUUGACACAUUUUCACGAUAAAAGUAUUAAGAAAGAAGCUUGCUUGACUAUAUCCAACAUUACAGCUGGAAACAGAGAGCAGAUACAAGCUGUUAUUGAAGCUGGUCUAAUUGCUCCCCUAGUAAAUCUUCUUCAAAAUGCCGAUUUUGAAGUUCAAAAAGAAGCUGCAUGGGCAUUAUUUAAUGCUACAUCUGGCGGUACCCAUGAGCAAAUCAAGUACUUGGUGACCCAGGGUUGCAUUAAACCUCUGUGUGAUUUGCUUGUUUGCCCUGAUCCAACAAUUGUUGCUGUCUGCUUAGAAGGUCUUGAGAAUUUUCUGGAGGUUGGAGAAGCGGAGAAAAACUUUUGUAACACCGGAGAUGUCAACUUGUAUGCUCAGAUGAUAGAUGAUGUUGAGGGAUUGGAAAAGAUUGAAAACUUGCAGAGUCACAACCACAUUGAAAUUUAUGAGAAGGCUGUUAGAAUCGUCGAGACAUAUUGGUUGGAAGGUGAGACCCUAACUCGAGGCCAUGGUAGACAAGAUCGGGAUCUGAAAUGUAAAAUCCUACGCUUCUAUGGUCUAUGCACCCCUUGGUGUGCUCCUGUAUGGUCGAAAUCAAAAUUUAUUGGCCGUGGUCAGGAUAGCUGCGAAAAAUCUUUGUGGAAGCGGUGGAAUCAUGUGAAAUGUAAAUAAGCUCCGUUAUUGGGUUUCUCAAACAUGUUUUUGCGUUUUAAACACCUCAUUUUCUGUGAUGGUUUGUUAUAACCAUUAAUUCUAGUUAUUUGUGAAUAACCGUCCAAUUUUCUGUGUAAGAACUCCUUCUCUCACGUAGUGUUCUGCUUUGUUUCGGAUACAAGAGGACAUCACUAUUGUGUGUGACUUUAUGCAUACAAACUCUCUUUCUCA